AUGGACGAUUUACUGAACGCAACUAUGAUAGAACUUAAAGAAAUCUAUAAAAUUGAUAUACAAUUUAUAGUAAAAUAUGUUGAUGACAUUUUUGCCAUAGGUAAACGAAAGGAUGUGGACAUUAUAUUGAAAACACUCAACAAAUAUCAUCGAAAAUUGCAGUUCACAAUAGAAACAGAGGAAAAUUUCCGGAUUCCAUUUUUAGACGUUAUGAUCCAUAGAAGAAAUAACUCUUUAAUAAUUGACUGGUAUUCGAAACCUACAUCCUCGGGACGUUUAAUAAAUUAUUUGUCGUCACAACCCUCUAAGUACAAAAUUAAUACUGCUGAGAACUUAAUUAAUAAGAUACUAAAAAUAAGCCAUCAACAAUUUCUUGACACAAAUAUAAAGAAAAUAUUCAACAUUCUUAGAAGUAACAACUACGCGGAGCACAUAAUUCAUAGCCUAUUUAAACAAAUAACAACACAAAUUAAUGACAAACGCAACAACCCUACGAUCACAACAACUAAUAAUGAGACAAAACGCUACUACAUUGUAACAUACGUACCUAGACUCAGCGAAAAAUUUGAUCGCAAGAAAUACACUAGCAACCAAAAUACAAUACUAGCAUACCGAUCAAAUCACACGUUGUCUUCAGUAUUUACCAAAACAAAAACUCCAAUAGAGCCCCACCAACAAAAUAACGUAGUGUACGAAAUAACAUGCGAAGGAAGUGAAAACGAAAAGUGUAAUAAAAUUUACAUUGGAACGACAAAAAGACCGCUUGCAGUUCGCUUAUCGGAGCAUGAAGCGGACAUCAAGAAGAACAAGAGCAACACGGCACUAUCACAACACAUAUCAGCAAGCGGACACACAGCUGAUCUAACUAAAACGAAAAUAAUAGACAAAGAAAAGAGGGAGAGAACAAGAUUCACGUUGGAAAGCUUACGGAUAUUACAGAAGAGGGACAAGACAAUGAACAAAAAGGAAGACACGGAUGACAUCGCGACUGCUUAUUUAUUAUGUUUAUAG